ACCGAACUCAACGAAUAUUUCAAUGGAUAUGGUCACAACCUCGGUCCCAAAGUGGAGCCACGUGUGUCAAGGAUCGGCGCGCUCCUUCAGGGGCUAGGAUGCGCGCCGGGUACCUCCCGAUUCCUACCCGGUUUCGGGUCUGAAUCAGAAUCCACUGCCCCGGGGCGCCGAGCCCGGAGAGCCCCCUCCACUCGGACCAGGAUGCCGGUGAUGAGAGGACUGCUGGCACCGCAGAAUACCUUCCUCGACACCAUAGCCACCCGCUUCGAUGGCACCCACAGUAACUUUGUGCUGGGGAAUGCCCAGGUCCAGUCCCUCUACCCAAUCGUGUACUGCUCAGAUGGGUUCUGUGAGCUGACUGGCUAUGCUCGCGCCGAGCUGAUGCAGAAGAGCUGCGCGUGUCACUUCCUGUAUGGGCCGGAGACCAGCGACCGGCUCACGGCGCAGAUCCAGGGAGCCCUGGAUGAGCGCAGGGAGUUUAAGACUGAGCUGGUCUUCUACAAGAAGGGAGGUACCCAGUUCUGGUGUCUUCUGGACAUUGUUCCCAUCAAGAAUGAAAAGGGCGAGGUGGUGCUCUUCUUGGUGUCUCAUAAGGACAUCACUGACAACAAGAAGGACCAGGACACUGAGCAGGGCCCAGAGACAGAUGAGGAGACGGGGCUGGAGGUGCACCGGGUCACCCGGCCCCCAGGCUUCAACGCCAACCGCCGCCGCAGCCGGGCCGUUCUCUACCACCUGUCGGGGCACCUGCAGAAGCAGGACAAGAGCAAGCUCAAGAUCAACAACAACAUGUUUGGGGAGAAGCCACCCAUCCCAGAGUAUAAGGUGGCUGCCAUUCAGAAAUCUCGCUUCAUCCUGCUUCACUACGGCACCUUCAAGGCAGGCUGGGAUUGGCUGAUACUCCUGGCUACGUUCUACGUCGCUGUCACUGUGCCCUAUAACGUCUGCUUCAGCGUGGGUGGGGGGAGGGACGAGGGGGGCUCCAACCCCCGCAACCCACCCAGCGUCAGUGACAUCCUGGUGGAGAUCUUAUUCAUGCUGGACAUCGUGCUGAACUUCCGAACCAGCUACGUGAGCACGUCCGGCCAGGUGGUGUACGACGCUCGCUCCAUCUGCGUUCACUACGCCACCACCUGGCUGUUUGUGGACCUGAUCGCCGCCCUGCCCUUUGACCUGCUGUACGCCUUCAACGUCAGCGUGAACUUUGGCGUGCACCUGCUGAAGACAGUGCGGCUGCUGAGGCUGCUGCGUCUGCUGCAGAAGCUGGAGCGCUACUCCCAGUACAGCGCCGUGGUGCUCACCCUCCUCAUGUCCAUGUUCGCCCUGCUCGCCCACUGGAUGGCCUGCGUCUGGUACUUCAUCGGCCGGCGGGAGAUUGAGAGCAACAGCCCCGGAACCUGGGACAUCGGCUGGCUGCAUGAGCUUGCAAAGCGUCUGGGCACCCCUUACUUCCUGUCCCCCUUAUCCUCACUGCUCGGAGUCUCUGACUCUGUGCACCCCACAAGCAUGGAUGGGGUGGCAGCCAACGGCAGCCAAUGGAAUGUCUCCGGGGCAGAGCUGGCGGGGCGGGACUCCUGGAAUUCCAGCCAAUGGAACGCGACGGGGGCGGGGCUGGGUGUGGGGCAGACGACGGUCUCCGGGACAGCUCAGUGGAACGGGACGGGGGUGGAGCUGGGGGGCGGGCCCUCGGUGCGCAGCUCCUACGUGACGUCUCUCUACUUCGCCCUGAGCAGCCUGACCAGCGUCGGCUUUGGCAACGUCUCCGCCAACACCGACUCGGAGAAGAUCUUCUCCAUCUGCACCAUGCUCAUCGGUGCCCUGAUGCACGCAGUGGUCUUUGGGAACGUGACGGCCAUCAUCCAGCGCAUGUACUCCCGCCGAUCCCUCUACCACACCCGCACCAAGGACCUGAAGGACUUCAUCCGCGUGCACCGCCUGCCCAAGUCGCUGGAGCAGCGCGUGAUGGAGUGCUUCCAGACCACCUGGUCCGUCAACAACGGCAUUGACGUCAGCGAGCUGCUGAAGGACUUCCCAGAUGAGCUGCGGGCGGACAUAGCCAUGCACCUGAAUAAGGAGCUGCUGCAGCUGCCGCUGUUCGAAUCGGCCAGCAGGGGGUGCCUGCGCUCACUGUCCCUCAUCAUCAAGACCUCGUUCUGUGCCCCAGGGGAGUUCCUCAUCCGGCAGGGUGAUGCCCUGCAGGCCAUCUACUUUGUCUGCUCCGGGUCCAUGGAGGUGCUGAAGGACAACACCGUGCUGGCCAUUCUGGGUAAAGGGGACCUGAUUGGCUCAGACUCCCUGACUAAGGAGCAGGUGAUCAAGACCAACGCCAACGUGAAGGCGCUGACGUACUGUGACCUGCAGUACAUCAGCCUGAAGGGGCUUCGCGAGGUGCUGCGUCUCUACCCCGAGUACGCGCAGAAGUUCGUCAGCGAGAUCCAGCACGAUCUCACCUACAACCUGCGGGAGGGACACGGGGCCGACGUGGACUGGGAGAGUAACGGGGGUCUGGUGAAGAAGCUUCCUUCCAUCAGGGAGGAUGAGGAGGGUGAUGAAGAGGAGCAUUCGUCCCUCUCCAAGGCACCCCGCUCCCCUCUGAGGCUGACCCGGGGCCUCAGCUCACCCCUCCGCUCCCCCCUGCUGCCGCCCCGCCCCUUUCGCCCCCCCAACGAGCAGACCCGGCCUGCCACUCUACAGAUCCCCCUGGUCAGCUUCAGCAGCGCCCCACCGGAGCUCAGCCCCAGGUUUGUGGACGGGAUCGAGACGGAGAGCCAUAGCAACUCAGUGCAGAAGUUUGAGUUCAACACCAGCCUGACCCAGAGCACCCCACCGUCCCCUAGCCCAGGAAGCCAGGAGCAUGCGGAGACCAGGCAGAGCAUCACCAAGCUGAGCCAGGAGAUGAGCAGUCUGUCCCAGCAGGUGUCGCAGCUCAGCCAGGAGCUGCAGGAAAUGACACGCCUGCUGCGUCCUCUCCUGCUCAGCUCCCAGCCAGUGCUGUCGGCCAUGACGCCCACCAUGACCCCGCCCCCCAGCAGCGCCAGCGCUCCGUCCAUCAGCAGCCCCCCGGUGGCCCCUCCCCCUCCCCCUCCGCCCGCGCCCCCCUCCUCCCCGCUGCCCGUGCCCUGCUCCCUGCUGGACAGUGCAGACACAGGGGGAGGGGGUCUGCUGAGCUGCCUGGUGCCCACCACCCCUCCACAGAGGGCCCCCCUCCAUACACAGACCCCCCCACCUCACUCCACUCCAACCCUGGGCGAGGAGGGCACUGCAGGGCGGGUGUCACCCCCCUCGGCCGGGAAGAACGGACUGCCUCACCCUCCCCAGGACCGCCGGGCCUUGGUGUCUCGGACCCCUUCCCCCUCCCUGUCCUUCUCCCUCUCCCUGUCCUCCUCCGCCUCCCCGUCCGCCUCUCUCUCCCCCUGCCAGGGCCCCCACCUCUCCCGCCUGGGCAGGCACAGCAGGGGCCUGCUCCCCCCUCCCCCCUCGCAGGACACACCCCCUCCUCUCACCUCCCACUGCUCCGCCCCCCCUUCGCUCAGCAGCUCCCCAGGGGACCACAGGCUAGGCAUCAGCCCCUCGCCCACGUCGUCCACGCCCCUGAUCCGGCCCCCUCCCUGCACCCCGCCGCCACCCACCACGCCGCCCUCCGGGCCCCACCCGUCCCCGCUCUCCCCCAGCUCUCUGGACUCUCUGAAGGAGACACAGGCCAGCUUCCUGCCCUCCUGGAGCCAGCGGGCCCCCAGCCCCGACGCCGCUCCGCUGGAGAUGGAGAUGGAGGAGUGGGGGGUGCAGACGGAGCACAUCAGCUUCAUCGACGAGGAGGAGCCGCCUCUGUGAGAGGGAGAGAGCGAGUAACACAGCAACCACCGUCAGGAAAAGGAGAGGGGGAGAGAGAGAGAGCGGGGGGGGGAGGAAAGAGAGGAACCACGACCCGUUACAGAGAGGCAGACACUCUGACCAGCUACAGUUUCCUCUCCCUGGCCUUCAGACCAGCUGAGAGUAAGGAGGGCAUCACUCAUCAAAGGGGGGCCAGUCGCCUACCUGUGCUAGCCAUUACCUUUACUACAACACAGUGACUGGUCACUCUGUCCCCUGGUCAAGACCCCUCCCCCUCACCCUGUGACAUCACUCAGCAGACUCCACACUGGCCCAAGCCUCUGUAACUCCUCCUCCAAUUUCCUUACUGUGUCCACAGAGGAGUCCCCCUGUGCAAGGCUCAGUGACUCAUACAAGUACAACACAGGAACAGUGGAAGCUACAACACAGUGGUCAAAGUCACCUACACAUUGGCCUACAAUAUUUCAGUGUGUGAGGGCAAACUUGUACUCAACAAUGUAUUCAUAAGACCUCUUUCCGUACUGUAUAUCAAGCAUCAUUGUAGUUGCAAUGUUUCAAAGAGAAGGAGUUGGAAAAUACAGGAGUACAAAUGUUUGGUCUUGAAGGGGACAGAUUGUAUGGACUAAUACAUAGCUUUCAGCCAUUUAGAAGAAGAGACUUGAAUAAAAAUGCAACACGGUUAAAGAGUUAAACAACACUUCGGCCACUCAGUGCAGCGACCCCCCACCCCCCAUUUUUCACAUAUCAUUUUUUAACCCAAAGAAGUAGCCCUUGUUUGCUUGCUGUAGUGGCCAUCUCCACUGUACAAUGAAUGCUUUAAUUUGAUUCGCUACAGGUGCCCAUAGGUAGGCUGAAAGUGAACAGCUACCCCUUGACACGAAGACACCUCCUUCUUACUCAUGGGACUGUCCAAUAUCACUGCCAUUUGGAAGCAACACUACUGAUCAUUAUUGACACAACCAUUCUACCACAGCCACCUACUCUCAAUUAGAUGCUGAGUUCAGAAGUUUAGCAUUGCUACUAUCAUAGGCCACAUUGUUUGUUACAUUUCCAUAUUGUUUUGGAAACACCUUGAUCUUGGGUGACUCACAAUACUGUAAUUUGUAGUAUUUCUGUAUGAGCACAAGUCACAUGAUCACAAAUCUGUUAUAUAUGCUAUGGCUCUAUUUAUGGAUAAUGGGAGACCUUUGGAAGCUACUGAAGCUGCCUGAUGAUGGACUGUGUGAAUAAGAAAUAAGGACACUGGGGCAGCUUUCUUCUACUCCUAUUACAGAAGAGACCUCUCAUUUUAGAAACAUGAAGUGGUACAAAAUACACACUCACACACAUGCUCACAUUGUGCUACAAUAAAGAACCAAUUGCUGUGACACCUCACAGAUUACACUGGUAAUGAAUGUUAGCAAGCCAGUUACACCAGUAAACCACUGCCAGAAAUACCCCUCUGACCCUUCAUUCCUCACAACUGCCCUCUGGGGCUUCAAGUAGGGAACUUAUAUCGCGACAAUCACUGAGGAAUUCUAAUGUGUGACUGCAGCUGUACAGUGAUCUUAAUACCGGCAACAUAGUGUCCCCCCCCCCC